GGGGGGUGCAAAAGGGAGGCUUUUAAACCUACAACAAAUUAAACAACAAUACCGAUGUGGAGGAGAAGAAGUGAGGGACGAAGAGGUCCUGUGCUUUUUGAAUGCUAAAGAGGGCGCACAAUCCAAACUGUGACCAUUGCAUUUUUUUCCCUCUCUUUCCUGUUUCUGCCUUCAGCAAGAGAUGGAGCCCUGGGACUGAGGACUUGAAACUUUAAACAUUACCGAGGCUCUUCAUUGCACGCACUCUAGCCUGGGUCCCUUUUUCAUCUUGGAAUUGUUUUUUUUAACUUUAUCUUGGGAAUUAAUUUUGAUUAGACUGACCUACAGUACGGAAAGUUCUUUGGACAGAUUUGAUCUUGAAGAUAUGAGGCAUAUGAUCCAUGGAACUGGCACACGGUCCCUUAUAAUUGCUUGCUUACCUCAAAUUAAAAAACCCAAACAGAGUAUGUAAGGGCAUGUGGCUUGUUGAUAUGGACUGGUAUAAAGAACCCUGAGUUACUGAAUCUGUAAUUAAAGUUGAGUGCAGGCAGAACCAUGUGGCGAUUACUUACACUGAAGUUUGGCCGCUUGUACCGUUGUCUGAAGUUCCUGUUUGUGGUGAGUCUGUUGGUUUUCACGUUGUUGAAUACGCAUUCAUUAUUUGCCUCAUUUCAGAAGAAUGAACUUGCAGAUCGUCGCUUUAUUAGCCUCAACAAGUGCCCAGCCUGUUUUGGUACAAGCUGGUGUCGUAAGUUUAUGAAUGGCCAAAUCACUUUUGAAACAUGGGGCCGUCUGCGAAUUCUGGACUUUUUGAAUGUGAAAAAUGUCUACUUUGCUCAGUAUGGGGAACCAAGAGAAGGUGCGAGGCGUAUUGUUCUCAAACGCUUGGGUUCUAAUCAAGAACUGACUGAUAUGGACCACAAGGUCUGCAAACGGGCUACAGGACGCUCCCGUUGUGAUGUUACCCAAGCUAUCUACAAGACUCAAUUUUCUCGUUUAAAUGGGGAAGUUCGAUUACUGACCCCAGAUGUUGUGGAGGGAUGGUCAGACUUAGUGCAUUGUCCGUCACAAAGACUCCUAGACAGAAUAGUACGCAGGUAUGCUGAAACGAAGGAUUCUGGAAGCUUUUUAAUGAAGAAUUUGAAAGACACUGAGCGUAUGCAGCUGCUUCUGACGUUGGCUUUUAACCCAGAGCCUCUGGUUCUCCAGAGUUUUCCAUCAGAUGAAGGAUGGCCUUUUGCAAAGUACCUUGGAGCCUGUGGGAGAAUGGUGGCUGUAAAUUAUGUAGGCAAUGAACUUUGGAGUUUCUAUAAUGCACCCUGGGAAAAACGAGUAGACUUGGCCUGGCAGUUGCUGGAAAUUGCUGAACAACUCACAAACAAUGAUUUUGAAUUUGCUCUCUAUCUCCUCGAUGUCAGCUUUGACAACUUUGCUGUUGGACCUCGGGAUGGAAAAGUCAUAGUCAUUGAUGCUGAAAACAUAAUCGUGGCAGACAAAAGAUUAAUCAAACAAAAUAAGCCUCAAAACUGGGACAUAUGGUACGAGAGCAAGUUUGACGAUUGUGGAAAAGAAGCCUGCCUGUCAUUUUCAAAGGACGUUUUGUGUUCUCGUGUUACAGUUGACCAUAACUAUUAUGCUAUUUGUCAGAACCUGCUCUCUAGAUAUGCCACCUGGCGUGGUACAACAGGAGGGCUCCUGCAUAAUCCUCCAAUAGAAAUAGUCAGAGUUGGCAGACUGGAGGCCUUGCUUGAAGAAUGUGCCAACCCAAAGAAAGAAUAUGGUCGUUUCCAGGCAGCAAGAGAAUUGCGAGACUACCUUGCAAAGCUGAACAAUAAUGUAAGGUAGCUCAAUAUGGGAUCUGUUGUUUUUCGCACUAUAGAUUUGAGAUUUGAAUUGAACAUGAGAGCUGUUCCUGUGUAGAAUGUAAACGUAUUUUGAAGAAUACAACGCAGAAAUGCCACUGCAUAGCAUUAUAAUUCAUGCUUGGAACAACAAUGGACAUCUGCAAACCAGUGUGGGGGACUGAUUAUCUGAUUAGAGCAUUGAGCUAUUAUUGACUUGUUCUCUGAUUGCCUGCAGAGUAGUUCAGAUGAAGACCAGCAGGUCACUGGAGAUAAUAGACCCUGACAGGUUGAAUGAUUGCACAUGUGUCAAAGGGCAAUUGACAGAACACAACAUUACUGUCACAAUUUGUGAGGCUGAUGCCUUUACUGAGGAAACCUUGCUUAACUUGAAAGUCUGUUUAAAGGCUUUAACCUACUGAUGUUGUCUUGAUCUUGUCUAUAUUUUAAAUAAGGAAAGUAUUAAAACAGUUUGUAUUAAAAAACUUACAUAUACUGCCAUCAAAAUGAAUGUGCAAAAUUUUGAUACACAUUUGCCCAUACUCCUUUUCAAAUAUGUGAACAUAUUUCUAAUUUAUCUGUGAACUGAAGCACUGAGAAAAUAUGGCAUUGGGGUAUACUGUCCAAAACCUUAAACCAUUCCCUCAUCACCAUUAAGCAAUAAUUUCAUGUUUGCAAAGGAUAGGAAGAGGAAAAACCUCAUUAUUUGUAAUUAUUGUACAAGACAUCAGUGAGCAUGAAAUAGUGACAUGAGGUUAAUUUGUUUCAAAGCAGCAACAUUAAACUAAAAGACCAGGAUAAUCAUUUGAGGACCUUUAGAGGGUACUUCAAAGAGAAUCAAGUUGACUAUUCUAUAAAUAAAAUUAGGAGAACUUUCUUUCCAAGAGGGGUGAAGGAGGCAGACAGAAAAGCGUCUAGUAUUUGAGCAUAUACCAAAGAAUAAGAAUUGUCCCAAAAUUACCCUUCCCUUGGUAGAAGAGAAGAAACCUAUUUAUUAAUUGAAACACCAGUGAAAGUACAAUGAGCAAGUCUUUCAAUGGCUAUUUAUAUAUUAAAAAUGCAUUAACUAAAACUGGGAUAAGGUUUUUGGUCACAAGUUUACAUUUGCUAUAUGUGCUUGACUGGUUUUUUUAUUGAUAUACUGGGCUGACAUAGAUGGCAAUUGCGUUCUGUUCCAUAUUACAUGUUGGUACAGUAUUGUAAUUUGAAUUUAGUUUAGGGUGAGCGUUUUCCAUUUGUUUAACUAAACUAUAUUAAUUUGUUUCCAGUUUAAAAAAAACAGUUGUGUGUGUUUGGCACAUUAAACAAAAAGCCUCAUGGUUUGCGUGGAAAUGGGGUGGAAAAUCUGCUUUUCUUGCUGAUUAGCUGGAGUGCAGCAGUGACACCAUUGCCAGCUACUUUCAUGCUUGUGGUUCAAUCUGGAUAAAUGUUAAGCUGUUCCCCAUAAAGUAAUUUUGUGACUUUAAAUGCCAUUUUAAAUCACGCUGAUGCUUUUGAUUCUAAAACUAGCUUGAGUUGGCUUCAUUGCAGGGAAUUGAAUGCUGCAAUAUCACCACAAAAUACAGUAGAAAGCAAUAGUGUUUAUUUUUCUUUUUUUCUAAAAAAAAAAUCCUCAGACACUGAAGUAAUCAGAUGAUAGUUUGUUUAAAGGUGCAAAUGUAGCUUUUAUUGUGUACUUACAACUUGUUAGUGAUGAUAUGGUUUACUCCAGAUGGGGAUUUUUGGAGGUUUGUAAAUGCUGGAAAAUGUUGUCUUCACUUUUUUUUGUAUGUUCUCAUUUAGUUUCUAUAUUCUAUCAUAUUUGUUUGACUCACUGUGCCUUUCAUUCAAAAGUUGUCUUUAUAACUUAAGGUGGAUUCAUAUAAUAAAACUUUACUUAUUAAAAUGUUCUUGUGGGUGCUGCCCUUGGAAAGCAGAAAUCCAUAUUUUUGAAUAAGUUACCUUCUAUUUCAUACAGAGACUGGCAGUUCUAUUAUGUGUUCCCUUAGGCAGUGCUUUAUUUACACUGCAUGACUAGCACAACUAUUCUUCUGCUAUUGCACAACGCUUCUUUAUUAGCAGUUAAAAUUUAUAGGUUUAGAAAAUGCAGGUGGCAGUGUUCAGUUUCUAAAAAUAUAAAUUAACUGUCGUAGCUUUAAGAAACAUCCAACAAGUCAAAGAAACGUUACCACUUUUUAAAUCCUUUUCUACAUUGCACUGGAAUUCCAUAAGAUUUCAAACUUGAAUCUCUUCAAGCCAGGCUGAGUCUAGAUUUAAACCUCAACUUUGUAGCGAUGCUAAAUUAAUGCAGCCUUGCUGACUCUGACCCCAAUUUGCCCCAUCAAUAAUCUGUACUGCCAGUGCUGAGCCUACUUGAUCUCUGCUAAUAUUCUUGUUUUCAGUCACAGAUGUGUGGAGUUCACCAUUUGAUUCCAUCCGCAUUCUUCUCCUUCCCAUUUCAGUUGCGCUUUCACCUCAAGCUGAUGAACGAUUAGAAACCAACAAUCUCAGGGAGAGCCAGAACAUAGGUUGUCAAACUCAGCAUACAAUUUUGUUGAGUUGCUCCACUGUGCAGCUAUUAUAUUUGAAGGACAUCCUGUUUCUUCAUGGACUGAAAUGUAGUGCAGGAGCAAAGCCAGAGCUCAUAAUUAACACAGCAAAUUACAGUAACAGAAUUUGUAAAAACCUGUCCAAUUACUUUUUACAGAGUUGCUAUUAAUUUACUAUUAAUUAAAUUCAAAUUUGCUUGAGUGAAUAAUAGUGAAAUGUGGUACUAUCUCCAUACUAGUGUUUCAAUCUACCAGCCGUAUUUUUGAACUUUAUUCCCUCACACAGUGUUCUCUCUCAGAAUUAUGGUUUCAUGGACACCUUAGACUAUCCGAACCAAGUUGUUAUUUUUCAUUUGAGAGUCUAAACAUGAGUGUCAAUAGGCUAUUUGACCAUGUAGAAUAUCAUAUCUAAGGUUGAUUAUUUCCUCAGCCUGCAUCUUUUCAAAAGGAUUUCCUGGUCAUCUAUCUGGAGCUGGAUAACUUCCCACUUUCCUAAAGCCAAUUAUAACACACCUAUUUCCACACUGGCUCAGAUCAACUAAGGCAACACGGACCAGGAAUUCAAACUGAUAGACUACUGGGCCCAAUUGCUUAUACUUACAGCCUGAAAUGUAAUGCUUUUUAUUACUUUUAUUCAAAUUUUAAUUGUUUAAAACCAGAAGCAGAGUAUUUAUUAAAGAAAUGCAACUCCGUAUUGACAGUUCACAUAGUUUUUAUCACAUUGCUUAUAUUUUUGGAGCCUAUUGUAACCUUCCAAUUAUGUUAUGUAAGUCUUGAGGUUCUGAAAUCUUAUAUAAAAACAAUACUUUUUGAACAUC